AUGAAGAAGAUAAGAGAGAUUGCAAUAAUCGAGAGGGUCUUGUGGAACUUUCUCGUUGACAAAACGAAAGGUGUUCUAAACCUUCUACGGUCUAAAGGGAAGCUUCCUCCGGGACCUAAGGGUCUCCCGAUCAUCGGAAACUUGCACCAACUUGGAAGAUUUCUUCACAAAUCUCUUCACAAAUUCUCCCAUGAAUAUGGACCGGUUAUGCUUCUCCAUUUCGGAUUUGUCCCUGUGAUCAUUGUCUCUUCCAAAGAAGGAGCUGAGGAAGUGCUCAAGACUCACGAUCUUGAGACUUGUAGCCGACCUAAGACGGUCGGAACCGGAUUGUAUAUCAGAGAGGACGAGAGCCAAGUGUUGGUCAAUAAAGUAUCAAAGUGUGCUAAUGAGACACAAGCCUCAUCAGUUGAUGUGAGGAAAGUCAUUUUCUCCUUCACGGCAAGCAUCAUUUGUCGACUUGCUUUUGGACAGAACUUCCACGAGUGCGAUUUUGUCGAUAUGGAGAAAGUUGAAGAGUUGGUUCUUGAGUCAGAGACCAACCUCGGCUCUGUGGCGUUUGCCGACUUCUUUCCUGCGGGAUGGAUCAUAGACCGGAUCUCUGGUCAGCAUGCGAGGUUGAACAAAGCCUUUGCAAAACUCACCAAUUUCUUUGAGCAUGUGAUCGAUGAUCAUUUGAAGCCACAACCCGAAGAUCACUCGGACAUCAUUAGUGUCAUGUUGGAUAUGAUCAAUAAACCCACAAAACCCGGUUCUUUUAUAGUAACCGAUGACCAUCUCAAGGGAAUCAUGUCGGAUGUGUUUUUGGCGGGAGUGAACGCGGCAUCCAUCACGAUGAUAUGGACGAUGACAGAGCUAAGCAGACAUCCGAGAGUGAUGAAGAAACUCCAAGAAGAGAUUCGAGCAACACUUGGAUCCAACAAAGAGACAAUCACCGAAGAAGACAUAGAGAAAGUUGAGUACUUAAAGUUAGUGAUCGAGGAAACAUUCAGAUUACACCCACCAGCUCCUCUCUUGCUCCCAAGACUAACAAUGUCCGACAUCAAGAUUCAAGGCUACGACAUUCCCAAGAACACAAUGAUCCAAAUCAACACUUACACAAUAGGACGUGAUCCCAAAAACUGGACAAACCCCGACGAGUUCAUCCCCGAGAGGUUUGUCGAUAACUCUAUCGAAUAUAAGGGUCAGCAUUUUGAGCUCUUGCCGUUUGGAGCCGGACGUAGGAUCUGUCCCGGGAUGGCCACGGGGAUCGCCAUGGUUGAGCUCUGCCUACUUAACCUUCUUUACUUCUUUGAUUGGAAUUUGCCUGAGGGAAUGACCAUUGAAGACAUUGACAUGGAAGAAGAUGGAGCUUUCGUCAUCGCCAAGAAAGUCGCUCUUGAGCUCGUACCAACUCAUCAUCGCUGGUGA